AGCCGCGCUGUGAGCCGCUGCCGGGAGCCGAGGCGAGCGGGGCGAGCUCGGAGUCCGCGCCAUGGAUGCAGUGACCUAUGAAGAUGUGCAUGUCAACUUCUCUCAGGAAGAAUGGGCUUUGCUGGAUACUUCUCAGAAGCGUCUCUACAAAGAUGUGAUGCUGGAAACCUACUGGAACCUUACUUGUAUAGGCUACAAAUGGAAAGACCAGAAUAUUGAAGAACACUAUCAAAAUUCUAGAAGAAAUGGAAGGUAUAUCAACUAUUCCUCUGGAUACAAACCCCAUGAUCCUAAGAAAAAUGGAAAGAAGCCGUGUACCUCUCUCUUUCCCAGAACAAUUGGAAGAUAUGUGGUCAUCCCCACUAUGAGAAGGCAAGAUGAAUGGGAUUCACAUUUACAAGUAAUUGGUUUUCCAGAUUCAGUGGGAAUACAUCAAAAUACUAACAUUAGAGAAAAGCCCUGUGAGUACAAGGAAUGUGAAAAAUCUUCUGUCUGCCCUGCCUCAUUUUGCACAUGCAUUGUGACUCCCACUACAGGAAAAUGUUAUGAAUGCAGUCAGUGUGGGAAAGCUCUGAGUUCUUCCAGUUCUCUUCAAAGAAAUGAAAAACCUCAUAUGGGAAAAGGAAGUGAUAAAUGUGAGCCAAGUAGUAAAAGCUUUAACCUUCACAGGUAUCUUGAAGUACAGAAGACAACCUAUAAUGAAGAGGGUCUCUAUGAAUAUAAUCAAUAUGAUAAAGCCUUUUUAGAAGUACAACAAAGAACUCAUUUGGAAAUGAAAUCCUAUGACUGUAAUCAAGAAGAUAAAGUCUUUGCAUGUCACAGUCAUCAUAAAGUAGGUAGAACUAAUACUAGAGAGAAAAAGUAUGAAUAUCUUCAAUGUGGUAAAUAUUUUGUAUGUUCCAGUUAUCUUCAAAUACAUGAAAAAAGUCCUACUGAAGAGAAACCCUAUGAAUGUAAUCACUGUGGUAAAGCCUUUACCCGUAACAGUCAUCUUCAAAUACAUGAAAGAAUUCAUACUGGAGAGAAACCCUUUGAAUGUACUCAAUGUGGUAAAGCCUUUAAAUGUUUCAGUGCUCUUCAAAUGCAUGAAAGAAUUCAUACUGGAGAGAAACCCUAUGAAUGUAAUCAAUGUGAUAAAGCUUUUACACGUAACAGUCAUCUUCAACGGCAUAAAAGAACUCAUACUAGAGAGAAAUGCCAUGAAUGCAAUCAAUGUGGUAAAACCUUUUCAUGUAACGAUAGUCUUCAAAGGCAUGAAAGAACUCAUACUGGAGAGAAACCCUACGAAUGUAAUCAGUGUGGUAAAGCCUUUACUCGUAAGAGUCAUCUUAAAAUGCAUGAAAGAAUUCAUACUGGAGAGAAACCCUAUGAAUGCACCCAGUGUGGUAAAGCCUUUAAAUGUUUCAGUGCUCUUCAAAUACAUGAAAGAACGCAUACUGGAGAGAAACCUUAUGAAUGUAAUCAAUGUGGUAAAACCUUUGCAUAUUGCAGCAGUCUUCAACUCCAUGAAAGAAAUCAUACUGGACAGAAACCUUAUGAAUGUAAUCAUUGUGGUAAAGCCUUUGCAUGUAACCGUAGUCUUCAAAUACAUAAAAGAACUCAUACUAGAGAGAGACCCUAUGCAUGUAAUCAAUGUGGUAAAGCCUUUGCAAGUAACAGUCAUCUUCAAACACAUGAAAAAAGUCAUACUGGAGAGAAACCCUAUGAAUGUAAUCAGUGUGGGAAAGCCUUUGCAUAUAACAGCCACCUAAAGAUCCAUGAAAGAAGUCACACUGGAGAAAAACCCUAUGCAUGUAAUCAAUGUGGUAAAGCCUUUACACGUGGCAUUUAUCUUCAGAUGCAUGAAAGAAGUCACACUGGAGAGAAACCCUAUGCAUGUAAUCGAUGUGGUAAAGCCUUUGCACGUAAUAGCUAUCUUCAGAUACAUGAAAAAAGUCACACUGGAGAGAAACCCUAUGCAUGUAAUCAAUGUGGUAAAGCCUAUGGAUAUCACAGUCAUCUUAAAGUGCAUGAAAGAACUCACACUGGAGAGAAACCCAAUGAAUGUAGUCAAUGUGGUAAAGCCUUUGCCUAUCGCAGUAGUCUUCAAUUGCAUAAAAAAACUCAUACUGGAGAGAAACCCUAUAAAUGUAUUCAUUGUGGUAAAGCCUUUGCGUAUCGUAGGAGUCUUCAACUGCAUGAAAGAAUUCAUACUGGAGAGAAACCCUAUAAAUGUAACCAAUGUGGUAAAGCCUUUGCACGUCCCAGUUAUCUUCAAAAUCAUGAACGAAUUCAUACUGGAGAGAAACCCUAUAAAUGUCAUCAAUGUGGUAAAGCCUUUGUAUAUUGCAGUAGUCUUUACAUGCAUGAAAAAAGUCAUACUAGAGACAAACCCUAUGCAUGUAACCAAUGUGGUAAAGCCUUUAUACAUCUCAGUAUUCUUCAAACCCAUGAAAAAAAUCAUACAAAAAAAUCCCUCAGGAAUCUAAUAGAUGAGGUAUAGCUUUGUAUACCACAUUCAUUUUCCCCACUGAGCUCUCUCACUGGUGCAUGAAUAAGAUUAGUAAAGUCAUUCCAUCAUUAAAGUACUGUCUCCUUUUCAAAUUGUAAACAUUUUGAUAGCCAAGAAUAUAGGAAUGUAGGAAAUUUUGAAUAAUAAA